GGUUAAAGAUACAGUAUCAUUGUCUUGUAUUUUAUGUAUGCUAUUAACUGUCUGAUAACUCCUGCUAACAUUUUAUUCUUCUGAUGCAAUUGCUUACUUUUGUUGGUGUUAUGUAAUGUUGCAAGUGUGUAGACAAUACUGCUGGACUUAAUCUUUUACUGGGGUUUUUGUUUAGUUUUAUUCUAUUUAAAAGUCCGUGCAUUUGUUUUGUUUGUCUCUUGGAGGACAGUGGGUCCAAGCAUUUGCGGCUCCCAAACUGAAAACAAAAGCAGAAAUAAUCAGAAGGGGGGGAGAAUUAUUUCCCUGUUUCAGCUUGGGUUGCGAGCACACGUGCACGACUGCAGCCAGAGCCCAGAGCCCGCUGCUGUCAGCCAGGGGCUGGGGAGACGCCUGAGCCUCACUGAACAGAAACACUGCUACAGCGUGCAGGGAAAUAUUUCCCCCUCUAAUUGGUGGGGCAGGGGGGGAAAAAAAGAAAAGACUGAAAAAGAAAAACAAAAGCAAAUAAGCAGAUAAGUUCAAUCAAGGUAACUUAAGAUUAUAGAACCAUGCUAACACUACCGUUUGAUGAGUCUGUUGUAAUGCCAGAAUCCCAGAUGUGCAGAAAGUUUUCCAGAGAAAGCGAUGACCAAAAGCAAAUAAAGAACCCGGAAAGCUUUUCGAAGCAGAUCAUACUCCGAGGGAAGAAUAUUAAAAGGUCUCCUGGAGAAGAUACAGAGAAAGAGGAGGAAGAGGAGGAGAGGGAGGAGGAGGAUGAGAACGGCUUGCCCAGGAGAAGAGGCCUUCGGAAAAAAAAGACGAGCAAGAUCAGGAUGGAAAGGAUCAAAUUCAGGCGACAAGAAGCCAACGCGCGUGAGAGGAACCGGAUGCACGGCCUUAACGACGCUCUGGACAAUUUAAGGAAAGUGGUCCCUUGCUAUUCUAAAACACAAAAACUGUCAAAAAUCGAAACGUUGAGACUAGCCAAGAACUACAUUUGGGCUCUUUCCGAAAUUCUGCGAAUUGGCAAGAGGCCUGACCUGCUCACCUUUGUCCAGAACUUGUGCAAGGGUCUGUCCCAGCCAACGACAAACUUGGUGGCGGGAUGCCUGCAGCUGAAUGCCCGAAGCUUCCUGAUGGGCCAGGCAGGUGAAGGUGCCCACCACGCCCGCUCGCCUUACUCUACCUUCUACCCCCCCUACCACAGCCCUGAGCUUGGCACCCCCCCGGGGCACGGGACUCUCGACAACUCCAAGUCCAUGAAACCCUACAACUACUGCAGUGCGUAUGAGUCCUUCUACGAGAGUACUUCCCCCGAGUGUGCCAGCCCACAGUUUGAAGGUCCCUUAAGUCCUCCCCCAAUUAACUAUAAUGGGAUAUUUUCCCUGAAGCAAGAAGAAAGCUUGGACUAUGGCAAAAAUUACAAUUACGGCAUGCAUUACUGUGCAGUGCCACCCAGGGGUCCCCUUGGGCAGAGCUCGAUGUUCAGGUUGCCUACAGAGAGCCACUUCCCUUACGACUUACAUCUGCGCAGCCAGUCUCUCACCAUGCAAGAUGAAUUAAAUGCAGUUUUUCAUAAUUAAUGAGGAAAAUGAAAAUAAACAGUGGUCAUUCACCUCCCCAUCUAAUUAAGAGCGAGCAGAUGCUUGGGCACUGCGUAAUUGGCACAACUCUAUUUAACGUGUUUACUAGUUUCUAAAGUGUGUUUCAACUAUUGUGGGGAUUUUCUAUGUAUUAAUAAAUCCCUUUUCCAAU